AUGGAAGGGUUUUAUCUUGAAAACACGCCGUUGUACGAGGCACUGGUGAACAAUUUCGAACCACGACCCCGCCCCCGAUCGGGAGCCACCGGAACCCCCUCCAUGGUUGUCAGCGUGAGGAUACGGCCGUUUCUCGACCAAGACGUGACAGCAGGCUUCCCGUGCGCAUCCUAUCCUCGCACAAAUCAAGCUGGUGUAUUGGACAUCCACGACCUUUACCACCAUCCCAAAGGCCGGCCUGUUCUCAAGUCUUACAGCUAUCAGGUUGACAACCUCUUUGGGCCCGAGACGACAGAGCAAGAGAUCUACAAUAGCCACAUGGAUGAUUUGGUGUCUCUGGCGCGGAACGGAGGGUGCGGCACCAUUUUUGCUUAUGGCCAGACAGGCUCUGGCAAGACCUACACCAUCAGUCGGCUCGAGCAGCUAGUGGUGGAGUCCUUGGUUGAGAAAGGCGCAUCUGAGGAACGCCAAGUCUUCUUGACCAUCAUCGAGCUGGCUGGCAAUCAGGGCUACGACUUGCUCAGCGAUCGCAAGCCCAUCUCACUGCUGGACAACGCGGCCGGUGUCACCCAGCUUGGUGCAGAGGAGCAUGUCGUUCAGGGACGGGACGAGAUGAUGGACGCGAUCGAGCGAGCCACAUCCUUCCGCAGGACAAAGCCGACGCUGAAGAACGACGCGUCGUCGCGGUCUCACAGUAUCUGUCGUUUUCGCAUUCUCGACACGCAGUCAGGCACAAGCGGAUUCCUCUACCUUAUCGACUUGGCGGGCUCCGAGGCAGCGCGCGAUGUCGCGGUACAUGGGCCCGAACGCAUGCGCGAGACGCGCGAGAUCAAUGUCAGUCUGUCGGCGCUCAAGGACUGCAUGCGAGGGAAGGCAAAAUACGACGCUCUCGCAUCAACUACGUCGGAAUCUGGCACCGACGGGAAGCAGAAAAAGCCUCCUUACCUGCCAUUUCGCCAGAGCGCGUUAACGCGUGUCUUGAAACAUGCUCUGGACCCCUCUGUCGACGGUUCCAAGACCAGGACCAUGGUUAUUGCCUGCGUCAAUCCUGGACUGGCCGAUGUGCCGAUGACGCGAAACACGCUGAGCUAUGCGGAGAUGCUGUGCGGGACGACGCCUUCUCCUGUGGUGACUACCGUUGCCAGUAGCCGGGUUAUUAGCAGUGUCAACGCAAGCAAGCGUCGGUGA